CGUCUGCAGGCGCCGCGCGGGCGCGCGCGUGUGUGCCUGUGUGUGCGCGCGUUUGUGCGCGUGUGCGUGCGCGCGUGUAUGUUUUGUUUUGCUCCGCUCCAGCAUGGGCAGCGCCGGCGGAGCCCCGCGGCGCGGGGUGCCCGCGCUCCCGCUGCCGCCGCGGCCGCGGCUCUGAGGACGGCGCAGCGCCGGCGCGGCGGAGGCAGCGCGGCUCGCUCCGCGCGCUCGCAUGGCUGGGUUCACGGCAUAAACUAUUGUCUGCAAGUGGCUUAGGAGGCAGACUCGCGGUGCGCCCCGCACGGGUGUAUGGAGACAAAGGAGGGAAGAAGCAUGUCCCGUCUGUCUCUGACACGAUCCCCAGUUUCACCUCUGGCUGCUCAAGGAAUUCCUCUCCCAGCCCAGCUCACCAAGUCGAAUGCCCCUGUGCACAUCGAUGUAGGAGGGCACAUGUACACCAGCAGCCUGGCCACCUUGACAAAGUAUCCAGAUUCCCGAAUAAGUCGUCUGUUUAAUGGCACAGAGCCUAUUGUCUUGGACAGUCUAAAACAACAUUAUUUCAUUGAUCGAGAUGGCGAAAUUUUCAGAUAUAUAUUAAGUUUCCUAAGGACAUCUAAACUACUGCUCCCAGAUGACUUUAAGGACUUUAAUCUUUUAUAUGAAGAAGCAAAGUAUUACCAGCUGCAGCCAAUGAUUAAGGAACUUGAGCGAUGGAAACAAGAGAAAGAACAAAGGAAACAUUUCCAGCCUUGUGACUGCUUGGUUGUAAGAGUGACUCCAGAUCUGGGGGAAAGAAUUGCAUUGAGCGGGGAGAAAGCUUUAAUAGAGGAGAUCUUCCCUGAGACUGGGGAUGUCAUGUGCAACUCUGUAAACGCAGGUUGGAACCAAGACCCUACCCAUGUUAUUAGGUUUCCUUUGAACGGAUACUGCCGGUUGAAUUCGGUGCAGGUGCUUGAAAGAUUAUUUCAGAAGGGAUUUAAUGUGGCAGCUUCAUGUGGCGGUGGGGUGGAUUCCUCUCAGUUCAGCGAAUAUGUGCUGUGUCGCGAGGACAGACGACCACAACCGACUCCAACGAUCAGAAUAAAACAGGAGCCCCUGGACUAGAACCUACCGUACUCCUUUGUAACCGUAGAAGUGUUUAUAUAGUCCCUUAUGUGAAACACUAAGGAUUUGCAAAACAGUAUUAGCAAACAGAUUUUGACUUUAUGUUGCCAAUUAGUGGUAUUCUGAAACUACCUGUCACAUAGCCAGCCAUGAAAUGCAUUCGGAAAACCAGUUGUCCGUUUUUCACGAUGAAAUUGCUGAGCGUGCUCAGCACACCAGGCUUUGUGGGAACGUACUUGCAGCUCAACAGCUGUGGUGGUGGCAAAGGCAAAGCUUCGAUGAAAUCCUGACCCGAGCCAGGACUUGUGCAGAAAGACCAAUUAAAGCAAUUUGAAUUUAGCAGGAGGAGAGCCGAUUCUGACAGCCUUUCCAGCGACAGUCUGCCCCCACAACCGCUGCUGACCACAGGGAAGUGGGGGCCACCCAAAGGAAGAGGAGACACUAAAAACUGCACCGAGCAUCUUCCCUGACUGCACACCUUUCAUAUCAAAUGUGCUUUACACCUCCAUACAUUGCAUUACACUUCCGUGAUUGUACUCAUUCAUGCUAGCAAAUGGCUUAUUUUUAUACAACAUUUCCAACUGAAAUAUCUCUCAAUGGACAGAAUCCAGAAUCAGAAAAGGACCGAUUUAUAGUCAACUGGUGCUCAGUACUUUAAAAAAGAAACAAAACAAACAAACAAAAAAAAGCAACAAAAAUUUGACAAGGCCAGCUAUGGCCAGUACUUGCAAAAGUAGGGAUCCGGAAGCACAAAAUAAAAGUCCGUCUACCAUCAUCCAAGGGCCACAUACCUAACAUGGAGCCGUAGUUCUCUUAAAGCCAGUCUUGUUUUGAUUCAGAAAUUGUAAGCUUUUCAUCAUCUAAGAAGCGUGGUUCUGCUAAGCAAGCUCCGCUACCCUUUGUUACUCACUUACUAACCGUGUUGUAGGCCCACGUUUAGGAGGAAAUGUUAAGAAUUGUGGACAACCCUACUCUUUAUGGGUCUGGUAUUUUUGCAAAAAGCUGUUAAAACCCUCUCCCUUCCAUUGUCUGGUGAAAGCAGGCCACGCUUUUGUUUAGAUUGUUUUUCCUCUAUUAUUUUAAACUAGUAUUAAAAUACUGAUUCUGUAGCAGCUGCCCUCUAUCUGUGUAAUUUUCUCUUUAAAGAAGCCUGAUGUCUGCAGGUUACUGUUCCUUUGGUGAAUCAGUAUUGACUCUUCUGACUUGCAGGGCUUCCUAACUCAGGAGACAGCACCACAUUUGCAGGUGCAAGGUAUAAAUAGCAUUCUGCUAAAUCCUGUUUAUUGCUGUUUAGCAUGAUUGGGUCCUCAAUAACUAACUCAUGUGUUAAUCACAAUUUAGUUUCUCCCACCUUAAUUUAUAGAAUACUGUUGUAGAUGAUGAAUUUUAAUUAAACUCUUUUUUUAGAUUCAUACAUAUGGCCACAUUGAACAAGGCACAGAGUAUUAAACGGUCAGCAAUUCUUUAACGCUAAAUGAUUACAGUCGGGCAAAAAUAAAAAUCCAAGUUUAAGAUUAGUACUUUGAAAAGUGAUGAGCCGUACUGAAUAUCCAAGGUACAGUCUACACAGAGGUCUAAUUUUUGGAGAAGUGCUGGAAACCUGCCUUAGAAAGUCAGACCUCUGCAGGUUUGCUUAUCUUGGAUACCCAAAUUACAAAUAUCUCAUGAAAAUUUUUAGCCUGUUUGUAUUAGGCUGCUAAUUUAGCAGAACAGUUGAGCAAAUCUGUCUACUUUAAAAGAGUUGUAAAGUUAUUUUAUUUUGUGGUUUUAUACUUGUAUGACACUCUAAAGUUGCUAGGUAUUGCCAUAUUUGAGUAUAUGGCACAGCAUUCACCUUUGUAUGUAAGAUAUCUGUAGAAUUGUAUAUUAUACAUUUAAUAUUGUAAAAAACUUAACGUAUAAUUGUCAUGUAUUUGUGUAUGAACAUUUCUUAUACAGUACUUCAUGCCAUAAACAUUUCUGUAAAGUAAAGGAUCAAAAAUAAGCAAGUAGGGUGGAACACUCACUGUAUCUUCCAUGGUGUCUGGGAGAGGCGAGAAGUUUUGGUUGCGUCUCCUCUGGCCUGCUCCAGUCAGCUCAAUGUAGCCAUGUCUUAUGAGGAAGGAAAAAAGAAGAAGAUUUAUUUAUUACUUUCGUACAUUGAGUUCACUUUCAGUUCAAAAUAUCCUCAAAAUAAUCUAUUCAGCUGCUUGGUUUUAUCCUACGUGCGCUGUGUCCCACGCCCCGGGACAGGGAGGUGAGGCUGAGUGCUCGUCCGGCCGCGGGGCUGCUCCGCUCGUUACUCUCGGCCAGGGCAGAGAGGCACUUGGCUGAUGAACGCGUCACCUUUAUGCUAAAAAUACGGGCCAGCUUCUGGGUUCGUACCCAGACGAAACCUCCGCGGCGUCAGCCGGGGCUGCUGCCUGCGAGCGGCGCCCGCAGCAUCUCCUGCGAGCGGCUCAAUAAAGCAGCCCUGGUACUUAUGGCCGUUUGUAAGGUGGCAUCGUAAAAGACAGCGGCUGCGCCAGCAGAGUUGCAUGGGAACCCGGGAUGGAAAGUUUGAGCCAUGGCAUCACAGCAUUAACUGCAAAGCAGCGCGAAGGCGAGCGAGACAUGUGGAAACAAUCACUGUGUUAGAAGAAAUAUGCCUUUAAAAAAAGAAAAGUUAAGCUAGGACAUGUUCUUUUCGUUAGUAACUUCAGGUCACUUAUUUAAAGUUUAUUACAGUUUCGUUUAUAUCUUUUUUACUUAUUUCCCUAUAUUCUUGAGCAGCAAUAUCAGCAAAAACCGAUCUGAAUUUUUACUUCUGGCCUUAAACCAUAGCAACAUAACUUAAUUAAGAGCAUUGCUCAGUGUUGCUAGAAUGGGUUUUAAAAUAUCAUCGAAACCCCAGUAAAACUGUGGUAUGCAAGAGGCAGAUGUUUUUUUUAUGAAGGCCAAAAAGUAAAUAUAGCCUGGUUUUUAACUUAUUUUGAUCGAACAGAAUUGUUCCGAUUCUCUUUUGCUGAGCACCAAAACUGUGGUUUAGAGAACGUCAGUCUUCUCUAGCACUUUUCCCACAACCAUGUUACACCACUGUGCUCCCAAGUCUCAGAAAAAAAGUGAAAAGAAGAAUGUUAUGUUGUGCUUAUUGGACUAAUCUGUUUUGAAAAAGCAUCUGUUGAGUGCAAUCAUUCACUGUAUUAAUGGCAUCAAGGUUUGUUGACAAUUUUAUUAAAUGGUUGACAAAGGAUAAGAAUCAGCACAACAAAACAUUGAAGUAUUUGGUUUUCA